CCAGCUUCUGCCCGGAGAUAUUGCCUGGAUGCUGGCCGCCACCGCCCUGGUCCUUCUCAUGACCCCGGGACUGGCCUUCUUCUACGGCGGCAUGGUCCGCGCCAAGAACGUGAUCUCCACCCUCCUCAUGUCCUUCGUGGCCAUGGGCGUGAUCACCAUGCUCUGGACGGUGGUGGGCUUCUCCCUCGCCUUCGGGGAUUCGCUCUCGGGCUACAUGGGGAACCCUGCCACUUUCCCUUUCUACAACAACGUCGGCGCGGCUGCUGACACGAAUUUCUCCAACACCAUUCCCCUAGCGCUCUACUCGCUCUUCCAGCUCAAGUUCGCCAUCAUCACCCCGGCCCUGAUCUCGGGCGCCAUUGCCGAGCGCGUGCGCUUCACUUCCUACAUCAUCUUCAUCGUCCUCUUCUCCCUCUUCGUCUACUGCCCUCUGGCGCACAUGACCUGGCACCCUGACGGCUUGCUCGCCAAGGCGGGUAUCCUGGACUUUGCGGGCGGCACGGUCGUGCACAUGUCCUCCGGGUAUGCGGCCUUGGUCGGAUCCAUCAUUUUGGGACCCCGCAAGAACGUGGGUAAGAUGCAACCAGCCAACAUUCCCUUCGUCAUGCUCGGCACCGCCCUUCUCUGGUUUGGCUGGUUCGGCUUCAAUGCUGGGUCCGCCCUUGCCGCCGAUCCCGUUGCCGUCCAGGCCUUCCUGACCACCAAUACCGCCACGGCCGCCGCCAUGCUCACCUGGGUAUUCGUGGACCACCUCAGGGGCAGCAAAUCGACGGCCAUGGGCGCCUGCGUAGGCGCCGUCGUCGGCUUGGUCGUGAUCACCCCCGGGGCGGGCUUCGUGACCGUGGGGGGUGCGGCCUGCAUGGGCAUGAUCGGUGCUUUCAUUUCCAACGUGGUGGCCCAUUACUUCAACACAAAGGCGAACAUCGACGACACCCUGGACGUCUGGCCUUGCCACGGAUUGGGAGGGACGGUGGGGAUGGUCUUGACCUCCUGCUUUGCCACAGUCAGCGCGAAUGCGGACGGCGCGGACGGGUUGUUCUACGGCGACGCCACUCUCUUCUGGCACCACCUGGUGGCGCUCGUCUGCCUGAUCCCUUACAUCAUGGGCAUGUCCUUCCUCUGCUACCAGAUCACAAACCUGAUCUACCCCUUGCGCGUGGGGGAGAAGAGCGAGAAACUGGGCCUGGACAUGUCCCAGCACAAAGAAUCGAUCAUGGUCCACGACGAGGAGGAGGACGAUGUGGUCAAGCCCGCGGAUGACCUGGAUGCCUCCAGCCGCAUCGAGCUCGGCUCCAUGUAAGGACGGGGCCCCUAAAAGUGUCCUUGAUGCUGGUGUUACGCAGAUGUGGGCGCAGCAGACCGCGGAGCCUGCGCGAUAAUUACAAACAGCCUUUUAAAUAAAAUAUGCAUGCAUGUGAGCAGAGUCUCCCGGACUGGAGGAGGAAAUACAACGUGGUACAAUCGAAGGUUUUGACCAUUUGACGCCAAAAUGGGCAUUUUCGGGAGGAAAUAUAGAUAAGGAUACAUAAGCAAGUAAUGUUGCGAAUUUGGACCCGGUGUACGGUGUAUAAAUGCCGUGCGUGGGUGUC